AUGUCAAAGAAAAUCAAAUUGGACAAAAUGGUUAAGAUCUGUACGCAUUCAGGCUCCUUUCACGCCGAUGAAUCUUUGGCCGUUUACAUGCUCAAACUCUUACCUCGUUUCCAGGAUGCCGAACUCGUGAGAUCGAGAAACCCAGAGGACUGGGAAUCCAGUGAUAUUGUCGUUGAUGUUGGUGGGAAAUACGAUGGUUCCAAGUUUUUUGACCAUCACCAACGUGAAUUCGACACUACGUUUAAUGAAAAAUACCAAACGAAAUUGUCGUCGGCCGGUUUAGUUUACAAGCAUUUUGGUAAAGACAUCAUCAAAGAAGUGUUGGGAUUGUCUUCAGAUGAUAAGAAUGUAGAAUUGUUGUAUGACAAAGUGUACAAGGAGUUUAUUGAAAGUUUGGAUGCAAACGAUAACGGGGUUAACAACUAUGCCAAAGAUGUGGAGCCAAAAUUCAACGACAGAAAUAUCACUUUGCCAUCAAUUGUUUCGAAGUUGAAUCCUAGAUGGAAUGAAAGUUGUACAGAUGCUGAUUAUGAUCGUCAAUUCAAUGUAUCGAGCGAGCUCAUGGGGAAAGUGUUUGUCAACUUGUUAGAGGGGUACGGGAAAGGCUGGCUUCCCGCCAAAUCUAUAGUUGAAGAGGCAUUCAACAAACGAUACGAUGUUGAUCCUAGUGGAGAAAUUCUCGUGUUGUCGCAAUUCUGUCCUUGGAAGGAACACUUGUAUGCCAUUGAAAAGGACAACAAUGCAGAAGGUGUGACUAAGUUUGUUUUAUUCAAGGACUCUAGUGGCAAAUGGAGAGUCUCGACAGUGAGCGUUACUUCUUCGUCGUUUGAGUUCAGAUUGGGUUUACCUGAACCUUUGAGAGGAUUGAGAGACAAAGAAUUAAGUGAAAAGGCUGGUGUUGAAGGUUGUAUUUUUGUUCACGCUGCUGGCUUUAUUGGAGGUGCAACGACUGAAGACGGGGUUUUGAAAUUGGCCAGGAUGUCGUUAAAGAAGGAGUAA